AUGAAAGACUUGCUGCCCGUGAUUGAGGAUGGAAACGGAGGUGUUAACCCGGUACAAACCGUGUACAAGGAGUGGAACGUUAUCCUGGAUGCCCGCCGAUCUGUUGAUCCGGCUGUUAAACUAUCGGCCAUAGGUAGUCUUCCUUCAGAUUGGUCAUGGACCUGCAUCACCGCUCCCGCGGCAAGCCUCACGGACGAGAUGGUGGCCGACAAUGUGCCAAAGGGCAACAUUGCGGCAAUUAUGAGCGCAGUGGAGGAAGCGGGUUGCACUUAUAAGAUACCUACGCCGGGAAGUAACUUCGUAAAUAUUAAGCCGACCGGUAACCUCGAGAUCGGUCAGUGGUAUGUGUUCACUUUGACCUGGACGAAAGGUCAAAGGACAGCAGUCAAGUCGCAAGCUAUCAAGGUUAUAGAAAAGGAGCCUCUGAACUCGAAAAUCGAAUGCAUUGGGUCCAACUGCCGGCAGGGAAAAUAUGGUAUUGUGAAACUGGCGUUGCAAGACUUGACUGUAAACGUGCGAAUCCUUACAACAGACGCCGAUAACAGCAGCGCGACUUACUUCUGGAAGGUGGAACAAAGCCCUUUUGGGGCAAAUUACGCAGAAAUCACAAAUCCACUUAUUGAAAUCAUUAAUGAUAUGGCACAGAAUAUCACGAUAAGGGUGUCGUGCACUGUAACAAUCGACGGGAAGUACGCAAAUACGACGGCUUUGGCCGUCUUCUACAAGAACUUGCCCCCGUAUGGAGGCACGUGCAAAUUCACCAACAGGAAAGAUGUCGAAAUCACUUCCGUGAAAGCAGGCAUCGACCCAAUCUGUUACUACUACAAUGGCUGGCGGGACGAACGACAUGAGGAAUACCGCUCAAACACGGACACCGGGGACGCGCUCGAAUACGUCCUGUGCCAACUGUUCAUCAACAAUACAACAAACGAGACAGAUGUUCUAAAAACCAUCUGCAACGCUAAGAAAGUGGACAAGAAGGCGUGCUUCGCGGUUAAAUAUCCAGAACAGAACUUCCGGUCUCGAUUUGAAGUGAGGAUAAUGGACGAGUUCAUGGAACCCUACUCUGAAGUGACAAAAGACAUAACGGUUUCAGCUGCCGUUGAUCCUUACGAGACGGACCAAAACAAGAUUGCUGCUGACCUAACCACACUGCUUGCCAACAGCACGUUUGCCUUGAACGUAAGCACAGAGCAAAAGGACUUGAGCACUUUGGCUGCGAUCGUCGCGUCUUUAGUCUCCAACAUUCCAGUUGAGGUAACGAAGGAGGUCUCGAUAUAUAACAACGAUUCGUCACUGAAAGUGGAUCUGGGUAUCAAGAUCACAUUGCCUCCAGUUGGCGGGUCAUUUAACGCUUCGGAAGUCAACAAGCUGCUUGACAACGCGCUGGCGGAAGCCAAACCGUCUCCAAGUACCGAAGCUGCGCAACGGGUGAUGUCCGUUGCGACUACGACGUUGAUGAACUCUGUGAUGGAGCAGAAGAAGCAGCUCUCCAGACGCCCAGACAUUGCUCUACAAGUGAUCUCCGUCGUCGCCACCUUCGCUGAUCAACCUCAGAAGAACUUCAAAACGGACACACUCGUAUUCGACCUUCAAGAUGCGCGUUUUAUAAAGGAAGCAGAAAAGGAGUUUUACUCUGAUGAUCAGCUGGAGGAAACAGAAAACGCCCCGUUCGGGGACGAUGUUAAGAACUUCUUGUACUACCGAAGUCAGAAAAUUAUCGAGUAUAAAGCUAAAAAAGCUAAAUUGGAGGCAACCAAACUGAAUGUAAUUAGGAGAGAGUUCGAGCAAGACCUGGUCGAUGACAGUGAGAGUUUGGUGUGUGACGGCUGCACGAAGGAGUACGGAGAGGGCGGCAACACGGCAAAGCUCAAGACGGACAUGGCUACCGCUUUGCUGAAACAGAACCUGGAGUCAGCGACCACGAUCAUCAACAUGGAACAUAUGUCAUUAAGUUCCACUAGCAGGGCUUCCAUUGUCGUUGCUAGCGCCUCAUUUACGAGGAUAAACGCUAGCGCUCUGGUGCAUCCGGAGGACGCUUCGGGGAUGUUCACCUACCACAAGGUGCUCAUCGACGCCCCCGAAGAUGACCUCUACAUUAAUCUGCGACCCGCCCCCGGCAUACAGUCUAUCACGGCGUAUCUGGCAUGUGAGGGCUUCUGCAGUCGGGUUAACUAUAACUCCAAGAAGGUCCUCUCUGCCCCCAACUGGUCGGCGAAGUUCACUCCGGAAGAACGUCAGAGUAGCGCUAGAGUUUGCAAGCUGUGUCUGGGACUGGAACUCUCAGGUACGCGUAGAUGCAGUGUGCGCUGUCUGGUACACGUAGGCUGCAGUGUGCGCUGUCCGGUACACGUAGGCUGCAGUGUGCGCUGUCCGGUACACAGCGAUUACUUCAUCGAAAUGGGUGAUCUUGAAUGCAAAUGUAAAGCCAUGAAGAAGAUGACGUUUUCCAACUCCUUCCACGUGCCUCCCAAUAGCAUCGACUUUAGUUCAGUGUUCUUGAAGUUCUCUCCCCUUAACCAGGCCGCCGUCAUAGCAACGCUCAUCCUGAUCCUGCUCAUUUACGCAUUUGUCAUCAUCUGGGCCCGGCGCCAGGACAGACUGGAUGUGCUGAAGUGGGGCUUGACGCCGUUAGCCGACAACUUCUCCUCGGACAACUACUUUUAUGUCAUCAAGGUAAUCACCGGGAUUCGCCCAGGUGCCGGAACGAGAUCUCGCGUGGGUUUCGUUAUCUCCGGCGAGGAUAUGGACACAGAGGUCCGGGAACUCUCCGAUGGUGUUAGAAAGGAAUUUGCGAACGGCAGCGUCAUGAACUUCCUGUUGUCGACGACGGUGUGCCUGGGAGACCUGGAGUACAUCCGGAUCUGGCACGACAACUCGGGCGGCGGCAAGCACUCCGGCUGGUAUCUGAGUCGCAUAGAGGUGCAGGACGUGCAGAGAAACGAAACAUUCAUAUUCCAGGCGGAGCGCUGGAUGGCGCUCGAGAAAGACGACGGCUUGCUACAGUGCUUACUUCCGGUGUGUAAGACGGAGAACAUUAACCAGUUCAACCAACGCUUUAUUAGGAACGCCAAGGAGACGCUUGCCGAGAAUCACAUGUGGGCGUCUAUCGCAUACCGGCCGCAGUCCAGCAACUACACGCGCUGUCAGCGGAUUUCCUGCGCCCUGGCAUUCAUCAUGCUCAGCCUUAUUGCCAACGCCAUGUUCUUCCGGGCAGAGGGCAAGGAUGGAGACAUCGAGGGCGGCGCGGACAUCCAAGUUGGGCCUUUCCGAUUUUCGUUGAAACAGGUAAAAAUAUCUUUCAUCUCGGCGCUGAUUGUUACGCCGUCCAAUAUCCUCCUCAUCUACCUCUUCAAACUCUCCAAACCAAAGCCCGUUGACUCGAACACGACCUUGUUCAAGCCCUGUGAAAGGUCUACAAAGAUCCGGGUCCCGAUGGUCCACGACUGGCUCCAAAAACAGCACCAGCGCAGCGUUCAGCUGGAAAAGUGUCUUGUCCAGAAAGGAUACCCUUCAACACAGGGCCUGAAACUGCCGUACCAGUGCACGUACCUCGCCUGGUUCCUGGUUGUCGUCAUAUGGUUCCUAUGCGCGUUCUUCAUUAUGCUCUACAGCAUGGAAUGGGGCAAGAAGAAGUCAGAAGAAUGGCUCACCACCUUCUUCCUCUCCUGCUUCCAGUCCAUAUUCUGUCUUGACCCCGUCAAGGUGUUGUUGAUGACUUUGGUGUUCACGAUCAUAUUCCAUUCGAGGCCCGACCCCAAGGCGAUCAUCGACAGAAGCACCAUCAUUAAGAAUUACUCGAACAGUCUCAGGGGGCGGUCUGGCGGUAUGCGGCUCGCAGCGCCCCCUCUGGACCAGGGGCAUCUGAAGAAAGCCAAGCGUCUGCGGCAGAAGGAGCUUCAAAUGAACAGGGCGAUCCGGGACACCAUACUGAAUCUCCUCAUGUGCUGGAUAAUCUUCAGUAUCGCCUACAGUAACCGUGACGGACGCUCCUACCUUAUUUACAAGGAAACUAUGGAUGCAUUCAUUGCACCUCCCAAUAAAAAUUACCCAACUCCUCAUCAAACUGAACAUGAGUUACCGAAAUUUACUGAGAUAAAAAAGCAACAGGAUUACUUUGAAUGGCUCAACAAGACCGUGCUGCCCCGGAUGUUCCCGGAAGUGGAUAUCAAUAACGAGACGCUUCACUGGCGCUUACAGCAGUUCAUUGAAGGAGGGACUAAGUACAGGGUCGGUCCACCUCGAAUGCGACAACUCAGAAUUAAAUCAGAUCGCUGUAAAAACGAGUACAUGGAUGAAACAAAAUGUUAUAAGAACUAUAACGAGCCGGACGAGGAAACAGGUGCCUUCUGCAUCGGUUGGAAGGCCGGGCCGUGCGACGACAAGGAGAGUAUUUACGAUUUCUCAUCCGCUGCCUGGAACUUCACGUCGGCGUUAGAUAUCUGGGGAAUACCUAUCGCAGGGAGGAACAAUGUAUGUGGUGGAGGAGGAUACAUCGCGAAGUUGGACGUCAAUAUGCUAGUAAGUCAGAAAAUUGUGACCGAGCUUUACCUGAAUUCCUGGAUUGACCGUCACACAAGAGCAGUUGCCCUAGAAUUUACCCUUUACUGCUUACAAGCCAACAUCUUUACGUACAACAUGUUCUUGGUAGAAUUCCCGGAGACAGGCGGCGCGUUCGUCUACUAUGGGAUACAUCCCAUGAAUGUGUACCAGCACGUCGGUCCCUUGGGCCUUUACACGCUGGCGUGCGAGCUGAUAUACAUUGUGUACCUGGUGGGGUUCACGGUUAUGAUCAUCGACAUGAUUGUGGAACAAAAGAAAGCGUUUUUCAGCGACGCGUGGCAGGUAUAUGAUCUUGUUUUUGUAAUCCUCGGAUACGUGGCCAUUGCAAUGUAUUUAGUUCGACACGUGAUGACCAGUCAAACCAUGUCCGUAUUCAAAGGGGACAAGAAGGCGUUUAUCAACUUCUAUCACAUCGCUCUAUGGAACGAAAUGCUCGUGCUCCUGCUGGGAAUCCUCUGCUUUAUGGCAACUCUUCGACUCCUCAACAUGCUCGGCUACAACAAGCGCAUCGGCACAGUGGUACGGGUCUUCAGGAAGGCCGCCUCGCAGCUGAUCUGGUUCGGUCUGUUCUUUACCGCCUGCUUCACCAUUUAUUGCAUCCUCGGCUGGUUGCUGUUUGGUGCCCAUCUCGAGUACUACAAGGACAUCUACUCCUCCCUGCAAACCAUGUUUCUCAGCAUGAUCGGCAAGAACAGGUUCACGGAGAUGGAUAACACGAGCCCCUACAUGGCUAAGAUCUACUUCCUGUUAUUCAUCGGCUUCGUGGUCUACCUCGUCCUUACGAUGUUCCUGGCGCUGCUUAGCAAGGCAAUCGAUGAUGUGCACGAUGAAGCCAAGAAGGACACGGGCGAUGAAAUGGUUGACUUUGUAUUGAAGAAAUUGAAAAGACUCAUAUCGGUCGGCAAAUCCGUUAAACGAUUAGUCAAAGAUGAUGAGUCAAAGCAUCCGGCUCCGCGGAGUAACAACGCACGGAUCGUGUACACUUACAGGAGCGCCUUAGAGGAGAUCCGGAACGCGCUUCAGUGCGCCCUCAUAUCCGACCCUUGCGGCAAGUAG